AUGUCUGGCGCGACGCCGCCGCGACGGCCCGGCCGAGCCGCUCCGCGCCGGCGUCCCCGCCCCGUCGCCGCACCACGCACACCCGACCGUGCAAAAAUACGCGAACUCCACCACCUCUCCUCACAUAACUGUCGCGCGAGCCUAUUACAAAUUUAUCCAGCGCACACUUCACUUUUCUUUUCCGCGAUCCGCCAGAGAAAUCCAAUAGGAAAAAUCACGAAAAGUGCCGUCAACGCGGUACGUUGUGGAUGCGAGCGGGCGCCUGAGACGGGGGCGUGGAUUCCGGCGACUGGCCGCAGUCAAAGCAGCAGACGGAUGGCUCGGCUACCGGAGAGUCUAGCCGGCGCCCCGCGCCGCGCCAGUCCCCCGCGCCGCGUCACGUGA